CGUUAAGCGAGGAGUAGGAAAAUAAUCCCCCGUCCGUUUUCUCCCUCGUCUAAUAAGAAUUUAGGGGAACCCCCGACCAAGUCGCGCGGCCGCUCUCUUCCCUUUAUAUUCCACAAGGAAGACGCCGCCCCAUAGACAAUUCGAUUUCUCAUUCUCAGAUUGUUCGUCUUCUCUCUCGCUCUCUCAUCAUUCGUGCGAAAAUCUACGGGAGUCGUAAUUUAUGCAGUCUAGGGUUUCUGCAAUGGCGCCGCCGGCGCCUACCACUUUCCCGGCGAUGGCUGAGUUCGAUACGCCCACGAACAAUCUGUGGGUUGGCAAUCUGACCCCCGACGUGACGGAAGCCGAGCUCGCGUCUCUUUUCGGAAGGUUCGGUCAGGUGGACUGCAUAACCUCUUAUCCCGCCCGCAGCUACGCUUUCGUCCACUUCAAUGCCCUCCAAGGUGCCUUGGCCGCAAAGGAGGCGCUUCAGGGAACUUUUCUCCGCGGGAGUCCUCUUAGGAUUGAUUUCGCUAAACCGGCUAAGCCAUGCAAAAGUUUGCGGGUUGCUGGGAUAGGCCAGUCUGUAUCUAAAGAAGAAUUGGAGGACCAUUUUAAGAAAUUUGGUAACGUUUUGGAACUCAAAUUUGUAAGGGACCGAAACACAGCUUAUAUCGAUUAUGCCCGUUUGGAAGAUGCAACUGAAGCACUUAAAAAUAUGCACGGAAAGAAGAUAAAUGGAGACCAAAUCCGCGUGGAUUAUGUUAGGUCGCACCCUGCGAGAAGGGAGCAAGGUCUUGACUUUCCAAAGGAGGGACAAUUUCCUUACCGGGGUGUUUUGCAACCAGAUUUUAUGAAACCUUACUCUGAGCCAUUUCAUGCUGGAUCCAAAAGGCAACACUUUGAACAUCAACUCCCACCCCCAGGGGGUAGAAGAGAGAGCCAGCCAAGUAAAAUUUUGUGCAUAAGCUAUCCUCCCUCUGCUCAUAUCGAAGAAGAUAUGCUUCACAAUGCUAUGAUUUUGUUUGGUGAGAUUGAGAGAAUAAAAACAUUUGAUGAUCGAAAUCAUGCAUUGGUUGAGUUUAGGAGUGUGGAAGAAGCUAUUCUUGCCAAGGAAGGGUUGCAGGGAAAGCUUUUUAAUGAUCCCAGAAUAUCCAUAGAGUACUCAAGCAGUGGGUUUCCUCCUGCAAGAGAAUAUUUUGCACCUCAUUCACAAAUGGGGAUAUUGGAUCAUAAUCUCCCACUCCUACCUAAUAAUAACAUUCCUGGGCAUUUGCCUCAUGGUAUUCAUGGUCUGGAUAUGCUGAUGAGGCCUUUGGGUCCUCAAAACAGGUUAGAUCAUGGUAUUCCCAUUUCAGAAUAUCCUGACCUGGCAUUAAUGCAUAAAUUACAAGAGUCAAAUCCUCAUAAUCUGAUGGGAGGAUCUGAGUGGGGACGAUCAUCACCUGUAACUGGAGUUUAUCCUUCAGGUGUUCUGAAACCACUGAGCAGACCGACAACAUCUAGUGGUUGGGAUGUGUACGAUGCUGGUGCUUCCCAAGUGAACAGAGAAUCUAAAAGAUCAAGGGUUGAAAGUGCAUUGCCUCAUUAUGAUGUUUCGCUUCCUCCUCAAAGAUUGGAUGGUCAAUCACUGGCACUUGAUGAACGAUUUGGCGUGGGUUCAGCUGCUAACAUUAGGGGAAGGCAUCAUCCGCCAAGAGUUACUCCUGGUCAUGAUUAUGUAUGGCGUGGCCUUAUUGCCAAGGGCGGGACACCGGUUUGUCGUGCUCGCUGUGUUCCUAUUGGUGAUGAGAUCGAGUCUGAGAUUCCGGAUGUAGUCAAUUGCUCAGCCCGAACUGGGUUGGACUUGUUAACUAAACACUAUGCUGAUGCUGUGGGGUUCAAAAUUGUCUUCUUCUUGCCAGACAGUGAAGAAGAUUUUAGCUCAUAUACAGAGUUUCUGAGGUAUCUAGGAACCAAGAACCGUGCUGGGGUCGCGAAAUUUAAUGAUGGGACCACUCUCUUUUUGGUACCCCCAUCUGAUUUUCUCAGGAAUGUCCUGAGUAUUUCUGGCCCCGAACGUCUAUACGGAGUAGUUUUGGAAUUUCCACAAACGACUGCCACUUCUGUGCCGCCUCCACCACUGCAAAUGGACACACUUCAGCCACCUUAUGCAGAUGCACAGAUGACUUCCUAUCACCAGACUCCUUACAACUCAAUUCGUCCGGAGGAUUUGCGGAAUGAGUACAAGGAUGUUGUCUUACGAGAAGAGGUGAAACUCCCUCCAAAAACAGUUGGCCCUCCAACUAGCAUCUCUCUUCCCUUGCAUUCAGCUCCUCCAAGUAUUAACACUUCUACACCUCCACGCAGCGGUGUUACUUUAACUCCUGAACUUAUUGCAACUCUUACUUCUUUAUUACCACUUGGUAAUCCAUCUAGCUCUCAGAACACAACAUCUUCUACAUUAGGCCCAGUAUUAGAUAAUACAUCUGUUGCACCACCAGAUCAGAGACAUGGUCCACAGGGUUGGGGAUAUGAGCAACAAACUCACUUUAACACACAAGCCCAACCUUUACCACCAGCCCAAGUUCAUGCUCCGGUCUUCAAUGUGCCACCCAGUCAUGAGGUUGCUGGGUUUAGUCAAAAUCUUGAUCAGCACCCUUUCGACUUUCAAAUGCAAACCACUGCAUCAUUUAAUGGACUUACCUCCGCACACAUGGCGGGCCCGUUGCAUGUUGGGCAGCACAAUCCACAUGGAGUAUCUCAGAGUUCACUUCUUCAAAGCCCUGGACUUCUCAGAUCAGAUGCAUCUGUAAUGUAUGGUUCCACAGUGCUUCAGCAGCCUAAUCAACAGCUUCAAACUCAUUCUGUGCCUAAUCAGGGAGUGAAUCCCCAGCCCCAUGCUAUUGCCACCCUACCGGUAUCUGUUGCUGCGGGAGGGAUUAUGACACCCCCUCAACAGCUUCAUUCUGGGGUGGGACUAGAAAGUGUAGAGUCUGAAGAAAGUAAGAAUGAGCGGUACAGAACAACAUUAAUGUUUGCCGCCAAUCUGCUCUCUCAGAUUCAGCAGCAACAGCCAAAUAGCCAGAGUGGUCAAGGGUCCUGAAGUCGUUCAGAUGGUGGUGCCGUUCAUUCAGGUAACUCCUGCUCCUCUUGCUUGUGUAUGAGUAUUUAAAUGUCCUUGUGAAUGAGCUUGUGUGCACAAUCUGCCUAUUUAUUCUAUUGUCUUUGGGGUGGGGGUGAACUAUAAAUUAAUUUUUAUGACAUUCUUUUUAGCGAUUCCAAUCAAAGAAAUGAGCUAAGCAAAACUUUGUAGUCAUACCAAGUCAAAAUAUGCUGGUCUCUACAUAUGGCCAUCUCACUGAAGAGUGAAGAAUGGAGUUCUUUUUAAAAAUUGUGACAUGGAGUCUUCUCUGCCCUAGAUAAGUUUUGUCCAAGAUUUAAAAAAAAAGUUGCACCCCCAUUAGAUUAUACUACGUAUAUUUUGUAGUCAUUCAAUAAUCGUCUUAUAUUUUCCUCAAAAAAUUAAUCAUCUGAUAUGAUCUUAGAUAGAGUCUUUACUGUGGCUUGCUGGGUUGGUUCUAUCUUUCAUAUCUUUUUAAAUAAAAUUUGUGUGCUUUCAAUGUGCUGAUAUGCAUUUUGUAGGAGUUAUGCCAUGUAAAGUAUCAGG